AUGGAAAAGUCUGGAGCAGAAAGUUGUUCUUUGUUGCCUUUUCCUACUCCAGAGGUUACGCUGAAGGUCCACGUGAGUGACGCCAGCACCCACCAGCCCAUCCCAGAUGCGCUCACCGAGAUUUUCACCAGCCAGGUCUCCAUUGCCUCUGGCACGUCGGGCACCGAUGGCGUCGCCUUCAUCAAGUUCCAGUAUAAGCUGGGCAGUCAGCUGAUCGUCACUGCCACGAAGCACGCCUACGUGCCAAACUCUGCCCCGUGGAAGCCAGUCCGAUUACCUGUAUUUUCUUCACUGAGCCUGGGCCUGCUUCCAGAACGAUCCGCGACGCUAAUGGUAUAUGAAGACGUCGUCCAGAUAGUCUCAGGAUUCCAAGGUGCCCGGCCACAGCCUCGUGUUCACUUCCAGAGAAGAGCCCUGCGGUUGCCCGAGAACACCAGCUACGGUGACCUGACAGCUUUCCUCACUGCCGCCAGCUCCCCAUCGGAGGUGGACAGCUUUCCUUAUUUGCGAGGACUAGAUGGGAAUGGAACAGGAAACGGCACCAGGUAUGACCUGACUCCAGUCACCGCCGUCAGUGUCCACUUGCUCAGCAGUGAUGGAACACCCGUGCUGGUGGACGGCCCCAUUUACGUCACUGUGCCCCUGGCCACACAGAGCAGUCUGAGGCACAAUGCCUAUGUUGCGGCGUGGCGAUUUGACCAGAAGCUGGGAACGUGGCUGAAGAGCGGGCUGGGCCUCGUGCACCAGGAAGGUAGCCAGCGGACGUGGACGUACAUUGCCCCACAGCUGGGGUACUGGGUGGCAGCCAUGUCUCCUCCCAACCCAGGUCCCGUUGCCACACAGGACAUUACCACGUAUCACACGGUGUUUCUUUUGGCCAUUUUAGGAGGGAUGGCUUUCAUACUUUUGGUUCUGCUGUGUCUCCUUUUAUAUUAUUGCAGGCGGAAAUGCUUGAAACCUCGUCAACAUCACAGAAAACUACAACUUCCGGCGGCCCUCGAGAGUUCCAAAAGAGAUCAGUCGACGUCCAUGUCUCACAUCAACUUGCUGUUUUCACGACGGGAGUCAGAAUUCCCUGGUCCGCUCUCUGUCCCCGGCCACGGCCGCCCGGAUGCCCCUGGGCCAAAGGAGCUGAUGAGUGGGGUCCACUUAGAAAUGAUGUCUUCCAGCGGAGAGGCGGACAUGCACACCCCCGUGCUGAAGCUUUCCUACAGUACCUCACAAGAGUUCAGCUCGCGAGAAGAGCUCCUCUCCCACAAGGAGGAGAAUAAGAGCCAAAUCUCCUUUGAUAACCUGACACCAAGUGGGACGUUGGGCAAAGAGUACCAGAAGUCCGUGGAGAUUUUCCCCUUAAAGUCCAGGAAACCUCUGGAAAGAGAAGGCCGUGAGUCCCCUGGCAACAGUGAGUACAGAAGAAGCUACAAUGCCAUGCUGUCCCAACCUUUGUUUGAAAAGCAAGACAGAGACGGGCAGGCCUCUGUUAACCUUAUUUCCACGGGAAGCAAGCUCACCAUUCAGGAUCACAUGUACCCCGCGCCUUCAUCUCCCGAAAAGGAACAGCUGCUGGACCGCAGGCCUACCGAGUGUAUGAUGUCGAGGUCUGUGGACCACCUUGAGAGACCUACGUCCUUUCCGAGACCGGGCCAGUUGAUCUGCUGUAGUUCCGUUGACCAGGUCAACGACAGCGUUUACAGAAAGGUAUUACCUGCCUUGGUCAUCCCCGCGCACUAUAUGAAACUCCCGGGGGACCAUUCCUAUGUGGGCCAGCCCCUGGUGGUCCCAGCGGACCAGCAGCUGGAGAUCGAAAGACUGCAGGCUGAGCUCUCCAGUCCCCACGCGGGGAUCUUCCCGCACCCCUCCUCCCAGAUCCAAGCGCAGCCCCUGUCCUGCCAGGCAAUCUCCCAGCAGCACUUGCAGGAUGCGGGCGGCCGGGAGUGGACCCCGCAGGGCGCAUCCAUGUCAGAGUCCCUCUCCAUCCCGGCCUCCCUGAACGAUGCGGCCUUGGCGCAGAUGAACAGCGAGGUCCAGCUCCUGACCGAGAAGGCUCUGAUGGAGCUUGGAGGGGGGAAGCCCCUCCCCCACCCCCGGGCGUGGUUCGUCUCCCUGGACGGCAGGUCCAAUGCGCACGUUAGACAUUCCUACAUUGAUCUCCAAAGAGCUGGAAGGAACGGAAGCAAUGAUGCCAGUCUGGAUUCCGGCGUGGAUAUGAAUGAGCCCAAAUCAGCCCGGAAGGGAAGAGGAGACCCCCUGUCUCUGGCGCAGAACCACCCGGCCGUCCAGGAGCAUCCGCAGAAGGAGCCGCGGGCGGCCGACAGCGCCUCCUACACGCAGCUCGUGUACCUGGACGACAUGGACCAAAGCGGCAGCGAGUGCGGCACCACGGUCUGCACCCCCGAGGACAGUGCCCUGCGGUGCUUGCUGGACGGCUCUGGCCGGAGAAGCGGUGGCCAGCUGCCCAGCCUGCAGGAGGAGACGACGAAACGAACCUCGGACGUCCCCCCGGAGCCACUGGCCAGCCCCGAGCCGAGAAGAUCAGCCCAGGAGGAUGACGAAGAGGAGGACGAGGAGGACCAAGGGGAAGACAAGAAGAGCCCCUGGCAGAAGCGGGAAGAGAGACCCCUGAUGGCGUUUAACAUGAAGUGAGCCGUCACAGCGCCACCCGUCGGCGGAACGCACUACACUUGCCAAAAAUUCUUUUCUUAGGGAAGCGGUUACCCGGUUUGCAGAUGACGUAGAGCAGCGGCAGCCGUGGAGGCGGAAGCUCGCUGCAUCUCGGUUCACUGUGUAAAUGUUAGAACGGAAUUCAAGUUACCGGAUGAUGUUUGUGGACGCCACACCUCCAGGGAGAUGGCCGAACAGGAGAGUCUGAAUGUCGCUCCUGCGUCUCCGACGCGUCUCCCCGCCCCGCCACUCCUCCCCCCCACCCCCAACCCAGGACACUGAGAAACCACGAGUGAUGUUGCUUGGCUCUGCUGAUAACCUCAGUUCUCCCGCGGAUUCUGGGAACAGAUGAGACCCUUUUCACAUUGCUUGAAUCCAUUUUAUCACGAUAAUGCUCCUGUGACGUUAUUAUUGGGAAAUUAGCAUAGCACUUAAUGUCUCGAGGUAUGCAUUAUCUCCAAGGAAAGCUGUGCAGCACUGCUUCCUGCUCUUGGUUUGCUUAGUUUUUUGUUGUUGUUGUUUUUGUUUCAUUGGUUUUUGUUUGUUUAUUUUUGCUUUGGUUAGGUUUCAUUUUUCGUUUGCUUUAAAAAACACACACACACAAUUUGGUUGUAAAAGAUUUUAUUUGUUGGUUUUCAUCUGUUCCGCUUCUCGGUGGUUUAUUUCGGUGUCUCCUUUCCCGAAUUCCUAAGUGUCAUCUCUUAACAUCCAAGCCUUGUAAUGAAAUCGUACUGAAGUUUUUUUAUCAGCUGAGAGCCCUUCAAUUCUGGUCCCAUUAACUCCAAGUGCCUUUUUUACAGUGACAACAGCAGUCCCCUCACCUUUUCUUCUCCUUCUUGUUUUUUUUUUUCUUAACUCCUUUCGUUGAACUGCCUGGAUUUUAUAAAGUUAUUAAAUGAUACCCCUUUUCUUUAAGCUGCAUGCCGCCAAGUGCCCGUUUGUGCUCCGAAUUCUCAUUUCAGCGCAGUGUUCUCUCUAGUGCCCAUGUGUGACGUGGAUUCUGUUGAGCUAAGGUAGACUAGAGGACACUUUAGCGACCCCCUGCCCUCCUCCAUCCUUUCAGCCACAAGCCACCGUUAUGGUUUCAUUGGCUGUUUGUAUAUACGGUUAUGUAUUAACUCGGGAAUCCUAUGGGCUGAACUUGCUCACCAAACACGGAGUAUGGACUGAGCAAGUGAAUGUGACUAUUACAGAAAUCGUAUGUACUAUCCAAAAGUGCCAGAAUGACUCUUCUGUGCAUUCUCCUUAAAGAGCUGCUUGGUUAUCCAAAAAUGAAAAUUCAAAAUAAAUGCUGAAGAAGAAAAAAAAAACCUA